AUGUGGGACUGGGCGCCGCCAUCACAAGCAGUGGUGGAGGUCAGGCUGGCCGACUGCGACCACCCUAUCCGCGAUAAAGUGCCGGGCACAGUGUCGGACGGGCAUGUCGGUGCCGGCGUGCUUUCCGCGACGUCGUUCGGGUGGGUAGCGAAACAGAUCGACCAUCUGACAGGCGAGAAGGGUCGUAGUGGGGUGAGCAUCGAGAGCGUCGGGAUGAAGGGGCUGAAGGCUUUGCGCGACAGCAUGGUUGAGUACGUCGGCAAGGUCAUUGCCGUAAAAUGCACCGCGGCGCCGACUUCUCAAGCCGCCGGACCCGCCGACAGUGCCAUUGAUGACCACGGCGCGCAAGGACAGAAGGCGCCCCAAGGUGCAGUUGCCGCCCAGCAUCAGGGGAACGCGAGGAUGCAUGGGGAAGGUGGAAACGGUGGAGGAGGCGACGCAGAGGCAGGUGCAGGAAGGUUGGAAACGGAGCAGUCGUCGUCGUCGUCUGAGUCGGAGUCGGAGUCGGAGGAGGAAGACGAGGCGGUGAAGCGUAAGGACGAGGAGGAGGAGGAGGAGGAGGAGGAGGAGGAGGAGGAGGAGGAGGAGGAGGAGGAGGAGGAGGAGGAGGAGGAGGAGGAGGAGGAGGAGGAGGAGGAAGAGGAGGAGGAGGAGGAGGAGGAGGAGGAGGAGAAUUAG